GUGCGCAGGCGCGGGAGAGUUGUUCUAAGAAAAGUUUUUGCAAGUUUGGUGAAGGAGGAGGGGGUGGCGGCUCCGACCCCAGGUGCCCCAUGGCAGGCUCGGAAGAGCUGGGCCUCCGGGAGGACACGGUGAGAGUCUUAGCUGCCUUCUUUAGGCGAGGUGAGCCUGCUGGGUCCCCCAUUCCAACCCCACCCAGGAGUCCUGCCCAGGAGGAGCCAACAGAUUUCCUGAGCCGCCUUCGAAGAUGUCUUCCCUGCCCCCUGGGGCGAGGAACAGUUCCCCCUGAAUCCCCUCGGCCUUGCUCCCUGCCCCUCCGCCCAUGCUAUGUUUCAGAGCCUGGCCCAGCUACUCCAGACUUCUAUGCUCUGGUGGCCCAGCGGCUGGAACAGCUGGUCCAAGAGCAACUGAGAUCCCCACCUAGCCCAGAGUUACAGGGAGCCCCACCCACAGAGAAGGAAGCCCUACUGCGGAAGCUGGUGGCCUUGCUGGAGGAAGAGGCAGAAGUCAUCAAUCAGAAGGUGACAGGCAGUCUGUUCCAUCCCUUAGCUAAGAUAGGGAUUGCGGAUUGUCAGGCACUGGGAUCAGAACCUGGAUCUGCAUUCUCAUUAGAUGGUCAGCUGGCCUCGGACCCCGCCCUGCGCAGAAAGCUGGCCCGCCUCUCCGCGGGCUCCUUCGCCCGCCUAGUGGAGCUCUUCUCCAAACGGGAGGACAGCCCUCUUGCCAGCCGCCCACGCCCCAACUUGCCCUGCCCUGGGCCCCCGCCGCCUUCCCCGGAGCCCCUGGCCCGUCUGGCCCUGGCCAUGGAGCUGAGCCGCCGCGUGGCCCGGCUGGGGGGCACCCUGGCCGGACUCAGUGUGGAGCACGUGCACAGCUUUGGGCCCUGGAUCCAGGCACACGGGGGCUGGGAGGGCAUCCUGGCCAUUUCACCCGUGGACUUGAACUUACCCCUGGACUGAGAUCUUCUUCAGAAGCUGCUACAAGAUUAGACCUCCUGUCUCUAUGCUCUUUGUGUGCUUUUCCAAGCCUUCCUAUUCCACUCAGGGUUGUGGGGUGGUGGCUGCCCUCCCUGUUUUUGCCAAAAAGAAAUUGUUUAAAAUUUUUUCAUAUUAAAAACUUUUUCAGGUAUUGAA